AUGGAAAGCGGUGCCAUUUCAGAAGCACAGAUUAGCGCUUCUUCGCAAUACGAUAACGAACAUGGCCCAAAGAACGCCAGAUUACGCAACACACAGGGCAAAGGAAGUUGGGUAGCUGGACUAAACGACGUCGAUCAGUGGCUGCAGGUUGAUCUGCUUGGUCUGGAUAUUGUGACGGGUAUCGCAACUCAAGGAAGACAUUCUGAACAUGCCAUGUGGGUAACAAAGUACAAACUACAGUACAGUAACGAUGGAGAGAGCUUUCGUUAUUACAAGGAACAAGGAGAGAACGUGGACAAGGAAUUUACUGGAAACACAGACCGAGACACUGUGGUGUAUCAUGUACUAAAUCCACCAAUCAGAGCACGUUAUAUCCGAUUUCGACCAGUGGCUUGGAAAGAAUGGAUAGCAAUGCGAGUGGAGCUUUAUGACUGUCUCCAAGAAAUCGUGGACUUUUGGUUCAGCAAUGCUGUCGGUAUAAGCAGUCCUGAUGUCAUCCCUGAUGAUCACAUGACAGCUUCGUCUCAUUUUGACAAUGCUUACCAGCCCGCCCACGGUCGGCUUCUUGGUAUCAGAGGCGGUGCAUGGUGUGCGAAAACACCUAAUAGCAAAGACGACUGGCUUCAAGUUGAUCUUGCGAAAACAUUUCGAGUGAGUGCUGUUGCUACUCAGGGAGAUGGAAAUGGAAAAGGAGGGGUAACAGUCUUUAAGCUCUCUUAUUCAAUCGAUGGGACCAACUGGAAACUUUAUCAGGAUCGAAAUGGCACUGACUGGGUGAGAUACAUGGGUUAUCGUCCAAGUGCAGGGUCAAGAUGA